AUGUCUCAACCUGUCUGGCUUAUCACCGGCUGCACCUCCGGCUUUGGCGAAGCUAUCGCCAAGGAAGUACUAGGGCGUGGCUACAAGGUCAUUGCCACGGCCCGACGCGCCUCGCGCCUGUCAUCCCUCCAGGCCGCCGGUGCCACCAUCUUGGACCUCGACGUCUCGGCCGGCGACGACGCGGUCGAAAAGGCCUUCGCCGCUUCCCACGCAGUCUACGGCCGCAUCACCCACCUCGUGAACUGCGCCGGCUACGUCCUCAAUGGGGCUGUCGAGGAGUCCAGCACCGCCGACAUCGCCGCGCAGUUUACUACCAACAUGAUUGGCGCUGCGAGCGUGUCUCGCACCGCCAUCCCGUACUUGCGGGAUGCUGCGGCCAAAGCUCAAGGUCGCCACCCAGUGGUCCUAGCCAACUUUGGCAGCCUUGCUGGGUACUCGUCUCUCCCCGGCGUCGCAGCCUACUGCGCGACCAAAGCGGCGGUAUCAGUCUUCAGCGACGGAAUGGCCGCGGAAUUGGCACCGUUUGGUAUCACGGUCUGCUCCAUCGAGCCUGGGUACUUUCGCACGGGGUUGCUUAAUACUAGUGCUGAAUCGGUACACCGAAUUCAGGCGAGCAAGACUCUAGAGGUGUAUGACGGAACUCCUGCCCAUGAAAGUAACAAGGCUUUGGAUAUGGUGGACAACCAGCAGCUAGGAGACGUAGUCAAGGGGGCCAAAGUCAUCGUCGACGUGUUCACCAAGAGCGGUGUUGCUGAGGAAAAGGAUAUUCCUCUUCGCUUGGUCCUGGGAAGCGACAUUGUGAAAGCAAUUCGUGAGAAAAUGGCGGAAGCGAAGAAAUUAUUGGAUGAUUGGGAGGUUAUUGCUUCUUCUACCGAUCACCAGUAG